AUGCUAAAAUGUAACAGUGCAUCUAGCCCAGGUUCAUUGGGUAAUGGGCGUCUGUUUCUGCCACUUGAGCCACCCUCAGCAUCACCUGGCUACUUGGGCCCAAUAAGCUAUUCAGCAGUCCUAACUGAACAUCGUAAUGAUAUUACUUUCGAGGCCGAAGAGAGCACAGAUUAUUCUGCGGGAUUAGCAGUGGACCCCGAUCGACUCCAAUCCGGGGUUGAUGUACUACGGUUUCUCUACAACCUGACAGUACGAGAGACAUUGGUUGAGAAAUUUUAUCUACGGACAUGGAACACCAUUGUGCCAAAAAUGGUCAUGGAUGAAACUCUGCGCUCAGUGCGCAGUAUCUUUGAGAGUUUUCUCACUGAUCCGACCACACAGCUGCAAGAACUCUCAAAUCAAAUCUUUCAAAACACAUCUAGGCCGAUGCGCACACACAAGGCCAUGACUAUAAAAGAAUACAUUGCUUCCUUCACCGGUCGCAAUCUUCGCUGGGAAGCUCUCGGCUCUAUAUUUACCCUUUGUGGCCUGCAAUUGGCUGUCACGCCAGAUAAUCACCCUGACAUUAUUCAAGGAUCAGAUGACCCGCGGGGAAAAGAUCGCUUGUUGGAACAAGUUACUGUGAUAAGUACAAUGUGUCUAAAUUUCUGUGACCAGGCAUCCUCCGCAAACGAACUACUAGCGAUGCUACAAUUCCACGAUACGAUCCUGCGAUCACUGCAAUAUGGCGAUUCAAGUUACCAAGCAUGGCGUCGACUGGGUGAGCUGGUAUCCACGAUCUAUGCAGCUGGACUGCACCUAGAAAACGAUGGCACUGAAAAUUGUCCAUUUUUCCUUCGCCAGUGGCGCAGGCGAUGCUUCACUGCCGCAUUCGGCAUUGAUAAAGAGCUCGCAAGCUUUGUCGGACGGCCUCCACUGCUAAACGGACGGUUCUGCACGCUCACUGCCCCUUUAGAUUUGAGCGAUGAAGUACUGGUUGCAGGGGGCGAUGUCCUGGAGAAGGCUAUCUCAGAACUUGAUGAUGCCGGCUGGAAUAGGAAUGGCUUGUUACACCAGGUCACCCCCACGCGCCUACGCUAUCAACUAGGGACUAUUCGGGAGGAAACCCUCGAGGUUGUACUGGGAACUCACAAGCAACAUGAUUUGAUUCAGAAGUCCGAGGAUAUUCAAGCCAAAUCACGCGCCAUAUGGGCAGCAGCCCCAGACCAACUUCGAUAUGAUCGACAGUCGAAUGAUCUCUUCCAUCAGGGGUGGCUGACCAUUGUUUAUUUCUACUUGGAUUAUCUCUACACCUGCUUCCUGCUUUACCGAGCAGUUGUCAGAGACACUAAUACUGGACAAGCCGAUCUCUGCGACGUAUCUCGCCGGGUGUUGGCUAUUGUCAUUCAGGUCAAUUCUUUCCGAACUCCAAUGGUUGAUUUGGACCGACCCUUUUCUUGGAUCGUUCUCACAUACGGUGUUCCUUCGGCUAGCGUUCUGUUGCUAGAACUUCUGCGCCAAUCGCAUGAACCUGGACCGCAUGCCGUUCCACUCCCGCGUGCUGAACUUAUUCGCAACCUCAGCGUGUUCGUUUCCUUUCUGUCUUGGGUUGCAGGCCCCGGCCAUGGAAACCAUUAUACCUGCAAACAAGCCGAGCAAAAACUGUCUCGCAUUCUGGACCAGCUAUUGGAUCCCCAGCCUGCACAGCAACAUGUCGUUGACGAUUGUACGUCGGGCCUCGAUGACUUCCUGAGCUGGUCGAACUACAAUACAAUCUGGGAUUUCAACCCAGAGGGUAUGCCUCUAGACGAGGGGUUUACAGCUUAA